AUGGCACCAACAAGUAACAGUCCCAACCUCUCAAAAAGGCUGUUCUGCCCCAACGCAUUCCCAAGCUAUGACAUCCAACUCUAUCUCGCCUACUACAUCGUCUUCCUCAUCAUCUUCCUCGCAAUCUUCAUCACCUCCUUCUUCGUCCGCAAAAGGAGCGGUGGCUCAGGGAAAUCGCUAAUCGGAUUUGCCUACAUACUUACAUUGCUCCUUGAAAUUGCUUCCCUAGCCUUGGACUUCACAGCCCUCCUCCGAGCCCAAUGUCAAACUGGCAGUCUUCAGGAAGUCCGCGACAUGUCGCUCGCUUCCACCAUCAUGAGCUUCUUCAGCAUAUGGGGCAUGCUGGUCCUCGUCGUCUACCAAGUAAACAUCUUACUCCGCAAGCAACUCGGCUCAGCAGUUGGGGUGUUUAGAACUAUCUGCCUGGUGGCCGUAGGCGCCAUGGGCUUUAUCUACAUCGCUUACAUCAGUAUAUUCAGCUUUCUCUGGAUCUCGAGGGCGAGUAUAUGGAGGGAUGAACGAUGGAGGCUUCAGCUAGUGUCGCAGCGGCUGUCGCUGGCGGUGAGAGCGCUAUAUGUGCUUUGUGUUAUUAUGUCGGUGAUACUGGCGACGAGGACGCUGUCUGGGCUGCGGAGAGCGCAGUUGGCUGCUGGUGACCUCAUCGGCUGGGUCGCCGCUCUCCACAUCUUCAUGUUCAUCUGGUCCGGCUUAUCUAUAGUGCUACAGGCACUGAGCCUUUACACCGAAACCUUGGAUCUUAAAACAUCGAUAGCCCUGUCGUAUGUUCUGGCAGUGUUCCAAGCGCUUAGCUUCGUUGCGCUAUUGGGGAUCGCGAAGCAUACGUGCUGGAAACAGGGCCGUAAGCCGGCGCAGCAUGUUUAUGCGCCGGUUAUGGAGGGGCAUACGGCGUAUGUGCAUUGA